CCUGUUCCGAUUUUCCUUUUCUCCUCCUCCUCCAUUAUCUUUCUUCUUCUCCUUUCCUCCAUCACCCUCGACCCUCGACCAGCCAGUCAGGUCCAAGUCGCUGGUGUACCGCCCAAUUUGUUCAAACCGUCACGUCUUACGUUUGGCUGCAUUCCGAUCUUCAUUCUUGCCCCGGCUCGUGCAAUUAUCUGCCCUAUCCUAUUUCCGAUCUCUGUCUACUCCAUACUCCAUAACCCUUUCUCUCUCAACUCUAUCUUCCGUUCGGCAUCGUCAUUCGAUCGGGCUUUCUCCUCCCAAGCCUCGGCAUUUGCUAUCUCCACGAUCUGCCCUGAGGUUCAACGUUCAGAUCCCCUGGAUUCUUCUUCUGACCUUUACCUCAUUCGUUCCUUUUUCUCCCCUCGGCCUUGGCUUGCCUGUUCUCAUUGGGGUCCUCUUUGGAUUUUUUUUUUCUUUUUUGAUUUCUUUUUUAUUCCCUUUUCUCUCUCUCUACCCUUUUCUUCUCUUUUUGCUUAAAUCUUGUUUAUUCUCCGCACCUUCCCUGUGCCCCCCCCAAGAACCAAUCCGGCUUCGUUCGCGCGACUGAUUCGAGCUUCUCUUGCCAUCGCGACAACGCGACCUGAUCGUUACGCUCUCGAUAUUGGUUUGACUCGACAACAUGGCUGCUUGCCACUUGACUUCCCUCCGCGAAUGACCCUCAACUCACAUUUCGCCAGUGGAGUUUCUUUGGCGCUCGGCAGUUUCCAAGCGAUCGAAUGAGCUGAGGCUAGCCUGUUCUCCUUCGGCCAGUCGAAUCCUCGUGCCGGGACGGAUUUGAUGACCCCCCCGCCAACUUCAACUUAAUCCAUCCACUCACUCGACCAACACCAAGAACUUGACACUUUCUUCCCCCCCCCCCCACUGAUCGAUUGGUUUAUUCCCGUGGAUAUCCUUGAAUUCUUGCCCUUAGCCUGCCCAUCUUCCGUGUUGCCCCCGGACUUCAAUCCGUGGUUUCUUGAUUUUGCGACUAUCUACUUGGUUAUUAGCAUUGGAGAGAGAGCCUUUCGUCAGUCCUCUGUGUUCUCUGCAGAAAUACUCUCCGCCGCCGCGGUGGAGUCUGGAUGACGGUUCAUUUUCUCGCGAUGCAGCAGACGCCUUUUCGCCCCGCCAACCCGAACCGGAGUGGCUCGUAUGAGCUUCCUCCGGUGCAGUCGGUAACGGGCGCAUUCCCUCCCGCCCCCGGGUUGCCCUCCGCUCCGCCAAGUCGACCGGACAGCGGAAUGCGAAUGACACAUCUGUUGCAGCCCAUGCCGCCGAUCCAACAGCCGCAGCAGCCAUUGCCACAAGCAUCGCCGUUGGCUCAGGCCUCGCUUCCACUGCCCCAACCGCAGCAGAUGUCUGCGCCGGGCCCAGCCCCAUCAACUUCACCCUAUGCGCGAUUCUAUGAUUCGGCAUCGGGAUCUCCUGCGGAGAGUGGAGGCCUGCCAGAUGCGCCGCCGAUGGUAACGGUGCCGGGAGGCCCUGGCAUGUACCAAACGAGCCCAGUCGGGCUUCCACAGUCCACGCCCACCCCGCUUCAGCAGAAGAGAGCCUAUCGGCAACGCAGGAAGGAUCCCAGCUGCGAUGCCUGUCGCGAGCGCAAGGUCAAAUGCGAUGCGACGGAAACAUCCCAUUGUACGGAGUGUAUUAACCGCAAGGUUCGCUGUUUAUUCACCAAGGAGACGAAUCGACGCAUGUCUUCGAUCAAGCAGGUGCAGGAUCUCGAAAAACAACUCCAAACGACCAAACAACAGCUGCAACAACUACGAUCGGGCAUGCUUCGACCAGAUGGCAUGAUGGAUAUUGAGGAAUCAUCGACAGCACCUAUAAUCAAGUUACCCGAGAUCGAAUAUAAGCCUUCUAGGAGACCCAGACCGUUCAUCACGCAGGACUUGACGGAAGUACGAUCGAACUUGCGUCAACACGGUCGAGGGAUACUAAAGGCCCCUCAUCCGCAUCAGCAACAGGGUUCAAAAUCGGUGGUAGCAGCCGAGGGAGCGCCACAGCUUCCCCCAAAAGAAGUUGCCGAUCAUCUCCUCGCUCAGUAUUACCAUUGCAUCCACUCGGUUCUACCGGUCCUGCACUGGCCCGAAUUUAUUGAGGCGUAUGAGAAAUUAUAUCAAAUGGGAUCUUUGACGGGCGUGUCUAGCGAAUGGGCUGCGGUACUAUUCGGGGUUUUCGCAUGCGGUGCGGUCCAUACAGCGGAGCCGACUCGGGAAGAAGAAGGCAAGAAGUUCGUUCGCAUCUCUUGUGGGAUCAUCGACGUGUGGCAGGAUGAGUUCAAUCUGGAUCGAGUACGAGCGGCGUUGCUUGCUAGCAUCUUCCUAUACGAAGUCAACUCUAAAUCUGCCAGUUGGGUCUGGAUCGGAUCGGCAGUGCGCGUCGCGCAGGAGAUCGGGUUGCAUAUCGAGUCUGGGCCGUGGCCUGAGCUAGAAGGUGAAAUGCGCAAGCGCCUCUGGUGGGGGUUGUAUACAUAUGACCGACUUUUGGCGCUCGAGAUGGGCAAGCCAGUCUUGAUCAAUGAUCAGGACUGCGAUAUCGACCUGCCCUGCCCUGUGGACGACCAGUCUCUUGCUCAAGGCAAAUAUUCCGAGGACCAGCAAACUGCGCCAUCUCCAUUACUCGCCACAAUCCAUGUCGUCCGCUCCAUCGGCCAGCUAACACGCACCCUCCGCUCUACCUCCAUCAGCUACGCAACCCUCGAGACCUUCGAACGCCACUUCACCAUUUGCCGAACGACCUUCCCAGCACACCUCCAACUCAAGGAAGACACCGACCUUGACCCCCGGUCUCUCGCUCCUAUAAUCUACCUCCAAAAUGCCCGCCUCCUCCUUCAUCGUCACAACAUCUCCCCCUAUUGCCAGCCCGGUGUUCGUACGGCCGCUGUGGACUACUGUGUCUCAAUAGCAAUCGAUACCGCUAACAUCCUCUCGCGCUGUAUGCGCAGUCACUCUGGCACCGGUGACUGGCGAGCCCUGUUCGCUUCGAGUGCAGGAACUCUUCUUUGCACGCAUAUCUGGCGCUGCGCGCUAUUCCUUCUUUUCCGGCAAGAAUUCGCCCCGGCAUUGGCAUGUGUGCAGGCUAGUGCCGCCGUGGGCGAUGAUCGUGCUGUCAAUGCGGCUUGUGGCCGAUACUUGGCGUUCUUCCUCCGGUGUCUUCUCGACCGUUCCCAGCCAGGCGAAAUCGUGCAUUCCGAACACGACGAGGCAAUGAUGGCCUAUGUCUCUGGGGAUAUGCAGGGAACUGCAGAUGGUAGCUGGGUCUGGCAGGGUAGCGAGACUGGUGCCAACCUCGAGAAUAUCCCCGGGCUACCGGCUCACGCACCGGCUCACGCAGACUCGCAAUGGGAAGGCUGGGAGUGGGUUGAAAAGACCGUUGCUCAAUUACUCGGUGAGAAACAGCGCCGUGAGUAUGAGCGUCGCGAUGUGGCUAUGGAGUCCAGAUCGGAUUCUUCUGCCAUGCUUGCGCCCCAGUCAGCGGGGUCGGAUACGACCGAGCGUCGUUCCAGCUCGGCUCAUGCGCGUAUGACUAUUGCCAGUAUUAUCUGAGCAAGUGGUGAAGACUUUACCCCGAUUGAUAAUGUAAUUGAUCCACGCUUGUCUUCCAAAGAUGGCAAGACAGGCAUACAGCGAAGCUAGACAGCAGCUUCCCAACCCCCCCGACAAUCCGUCGAUGUCAAACAUCGCUCGGUGGGGGGGUUGGACUUGAUACUUGCAGAAAUCCGAGACCACCGGCCUAGAGUUUUGAAAGGCUCAAGGGAGAGUCCGGGUACAGCUCAUUUGGAGAAGAGCUACAUCUGCAUUGGUCUCUUGAACCCGUGGAAUGGCCACGUCCACCCACUUACCUUCUUGUGCAUAUUUAUUUUGUAUCCCAUCCAAUUUACUGCAUAAAUAAAGACCGGCAUUAAGAAGCCGAAAUAUUGAUAAGACACAAAAUAUCUCUUCACGUCUCAACCUCCUCUCUGUGCACUAUCAUUGGGCUGGCUCUCAACGCCAACCGAUCCUUGCAUAGAACGAGUACACAACAUUACACCAAACGUCUUCCCCCCAUGGACCGCCUCACCUUCCGAAGAGCCUUGAGCUUAUUGCUCUGAGAUCCAACCUGCGAAUUAUCUCUCCGCGCCUUACUCGAAGUCGACGGGUUCGGUCCAUUCAAAGUUGUGUUAUACUUAGCAUCACUGGAAAGCACCUCCAGCACAAUCGUGCUGUUACCUUCUCGGUAUUCACUCGUGGGAGUCCCAUCGGUCUUAUACCCGCCAUGCGAAGUGACGGAAUGUUUACCAGUCGCGAUAUCCUUCCUUGCAAGGGCUCGCUCGAACAACUCCAAAGCAGCAAGUGGUUGAUAGAAAGGCACUUCAUGACCGGAUUCGUAGAUGCGCACGAAGCUGUAUAGAUUGCUUUGACGGACUUGGCCGUGUACGAUGCCGUCGGAGGUUGUAAUGUUAACAAAGCCGGCGUUCUUGUAGCCGCGUGCGUUGAUCUCUUCGGCAACAACUUGGCCGCCGAGCCAGUUG